AGUGGACAAGAGACUUUUCACUCUUUGGCAAAAGUGUGGCAACGCAAAUGGCAGUCAAUAAACGCCUCAUCAUCAUCGGUAUCGUGGUGCUCUGCGCCGUGGUAGGUGCCAUCGUGGGCGUACUCGUAGCCACCAAGUCGGACUCGUCUUCAACGUCUUCCGAGGAAUCGGCCAACUCGAACGACUCAACUUCCAGCGGUGGCACUGGUGGAACUAGCUCGUCCACCAGCAAAAAAUCGUCCAAUUCAUCAACGGGCAGCAACUCCGUCACGGCCACUGUUACCUCAGACCCAACCUCAGUAAUAUACUCAGUUGCAGCUUUUGCCAUUGGAGAUUGGGGCACAACUGUGACCAAAGACUCUUGUUGCACACGCUCCAAAACAUUCAAUAACUUCGACGUUGUUGCCGAGGAUGUUGUGUCCAGCCUUAUGAACACACAGGCAGGUGAAACUGACGUCAAGCCCAAGGCCAUUCUCAGUCACGGUGACAAUUUUUACUGGACAGGUAUCAACAGUGAAGAUGGCCGUGACUCCCGUUUCGCGACCACGUUUGAAGGCAAGUUCGACGGCGAGAAUUUGGCUGGAAUUCCCUUCGUCAACGUGCUAGGCAACCACGAUUACGGCGGUGCCAGCUACAUUUGCUCCGACGGUGACAACAACGCCCAAUGCAGUACCACAGACGAACUAAUCACAGCGCUGGAGAACAAAUUCAAGUGGCAACAAGAGUACACGAGUCCCAACGACGACCGCUGGGUGCUUAAAGACCAUUUCUACGUCCACACGAUCGAAGACGCCGACUCAGGUGUCAGUAUCGACAUCUUCAACGUCGAUUCCGGUGAUGCCGACGUCCACGCUGCCCAACAAGUGUGUUGCCAAUGCUAUGGCUACUCGGAAGGCGACGACGACAAGUGCAACAGUGUUGCUCGCGGCGACAAAUUCUGCGCUGGCGGCGACACUGACAUGUACGACUCGUGUUUUGCCAAGUUUACUGAGUGGAGUGACGAUUCACGUACGCAAUUGGCUGAAAAGGUGCAAACUUCCAAUGCCACAUGGAAAAUUGUCAACAGUCACUACAGUCCCAGUGUGCACUACGCCGAAAAGGGUAUGAAGGAAUGGUUUGACAUUUUGGAAGGCUCUGGUAUUCAUGCCUGGGUGUAUGGCCACACGCACGGUGAGAAACACGAUUACUCGGAGUCUCUCGGUGUUCACUUUGUCGAGAACGGAGCUGGCGGAGGCAUUCAGAAGGAAUCGGCCAGUGGACUUACCACGUACGCGGCCGAAUAUGUAAGCAACGUGUGGACGUACACAGGUGACGAGUACGGGUUCUUCUCUAUGACGGCGUCGGAGGAUUGGAUGAAGUUGCAAUACCACACGGCUGAUGACUCGUGGACGUUCGGAUCGAGUAUGAAGGCCACAAGUGCUGGUGGUGUCGAGACCAAACACUGCUGGUACAUCCCAGCGGAUGGCACGAAGGGCGAGGAAUGCUCGUCAUAAGCAUUUUUUACUCGACGCGCGCUGAGCUAGUGGACGUGUGGCCCCCGUUAUGAGUGAGUACUAAGACCUUAUAAUUCCUUGUAGAAGGAAACACUUGUAGUUGUAGGUCAGUGAACAGGAAGAGGCAACCGUCCCAACAAUCGUAUCUUUUUUUCAGUUUA